CCCCAUCAUCAGUCAGGGGUUAAAAAGGUCAUCACGGAUCACCAAGAAGACUUUGAGUUGCUAUCGUUCUGGCUGUCCAACAUGUAUCACAUUCUCAGCUGCCUGAAACAGUACAGUGGAGAAGAGGAGUUUAUGAAACAGAACACUCCGCGUCAGAAGAAGAACUGCUUGCAGAAUUUUGACUUGUCUGAACACAGACAGAUCUUCAGUGAUCUGGCCAUCCGUAUCUACCACCAGUUUAUAUCUGUUAUGGAGAAGGCUCUUAUGCCCAUGAUCGUUCCCUGUAUGCUGGAGCACGAGAGUCUCCAGGACGUGUCUAGUAUGAAACCUACAGGUUUCCGUAAGCGUUCCAGCAGCAUCUAUGAGGACCAGGAGAUCUACACCAUCUACUCUCUCCUCCAGCAGCUCAGUCUGUACCACAGCACUAUGAGUCAGCACGGCAUGGAGGAGGGGCUGGUCAGACAGGCUGUGAAACAGACCUUCUUCCUGGUGGGUGCGGACACACUCAACAACAUCCUGCUACGCAAAGACAUGUGCUCCUGUAGGAAGGGCAUGCAGAUCAGGUGUAACAUCAGUCACCUGGAGGCGUGGCUAAAGGAGAAAGACCUAGAGCAGGGUACUAUGGCUACUCUGAAGCCUCUGUGUCAGGCUGCCUGGCUACUGCAGGUCAACAAGACCACUGAUGACGACAUCAAAGACAUCACAGAGCAAUGCUCAGAACUCAGCCCUGUACAGAUUGUCAAGAUUUUGAACUCUUACACGCCCACUGAUGAUUUUGAGAAAAGGGUAGCACCGUCGUUCGUCCGCAAAAUUCAGGGCUUGCUCCAAGACCGUGAGGGGGGAUCCUCCCAGCUGAUGCUGGAUACCCAGUAUCAUUUCCAAGUCACCUUCCCCUUCACCCCGUCCUCUCAGGCCCUGGAGCUACUGGAGAUACCAUCUAGCCUCAGACUGGGCUUCCUCACCAGGAUAUAA